GCUUUAUCUGAUCCUAAGUACAACUCAUGUUGGCAAAUAUCUAAGUCUCUUGCUGUCAAAAUAUUCUCAUUUAUAUGACGAUCUAAACUUGGUAUGAAAUAGGGAUGGCAAAGGUUUUAUUGCAGAAGAAAUUACAAAAAAGGUUUCCUUUGUCAUUCUGUGCAAUUCUGUUCUGAUAUAUACUGCACAAUUAGCCAAAUGGUUAUGCUUGAAGAUCAUGUUGCCACAUGGUACUACAUUUUAUAACUGACUUUCUGACCAUGGAAAAAUAUGAGAACUUGGGUUUAGUUGGAGAAGGGUCGUAUGGAAUGGUGAUGAAAUGCCGACAUAAGGAGUCAAAUCAAAUUGUUGCAAUCAAAAAGUUUUUAGAAUCAGAGGAUGAUAAAAUGGUUAAAAAGAUUGCAAUGAGAGAAGUUCGAAUGUUGAAGCAACUAAGACAUGAAAACUUGGUGAAUCUAAUAGAGGUUUUUAGAAGAAAGAAACGGUUAUUUCUUGUGUUUGAAUUUGUUGAUCAUACGGUACUUGACGACUUAGAACGAUAUCCAAAUGGUUUAGAUGAAAUGAGAGUUCGAAAAAUUAUGUGGCAGGUUAUAAGGGCUUUGGAAUUUUGCCACAAUCAUAAUGUCAUCCAUAGGGACGUGAAACCUGAGAACAUUCUUGUUUCAAAGUCUGGAGUUGUUAAAGUUUGUGAUUUUGGAUUUGCUCGGACGACAGGUGUGGCCCCUGGAGAGGUAUUUACAGACUAUGUAGCUACAAGAUGGUAUCGUGGUCCAGAACUUUUAGUUGGAGAUACUAAAUAUGGAAGGCCAGUCGACGUUUGGGCUUGUGGCUGUCUCAUGAUUGAAAUGUUGACUGGUGAACCUCUAUUUCCUGGUGAUUCUGAUAUUGACCAGCUAUACCAUAUUAUAAAGUGUUUUGGAUCAUUAAUAAGCAGGCAUAAAGAAAUAUUUUCUCGAAAUCCUCUGUUUGCGGGCAUGAGGUUACCUGAAACAAAACAGAUUGAACCAUUGGAAAAAAGGAUUAAGGUCGCUUCAUUGGCUUUAGACUUCAGCAAGCAAUGCCUUCGACUCGAUCCGGAUUCAAGGCCAACAUGUACGUCGUUACUUAAGCACGAAUAUUUCACGAAAGAUAAUUUUUCUGAGAGAUUUGCGACAGAGUUGAAGACAAGAAUAAACCGUGAGAUUGCUGAAAACCCAUUGUUAAAACCAUUGGAAAAUUAUGACGAGCGCUCGCGGGAGAAAAAAAAGGAAAAAAAGAUGCGUAAGGAACGCGAGACCCAAGAACGUAAAGAACACAGAGAGACACGGGAUACGAGAGAACAUAAGAGUACAAAAGAGUACAAAGAUACAAAGGAACAUAAAAUUUCGCGAGAAAACAAGGAACAUAAAGUUAUAUUAAUGGAUCAUAUAGACGUAAGAGAGGGUAAAGAACAUAGAGAGAGUAAAGACACUAGUACUCGCGAGUACAAAACUGACUCUAAGGAAUCGACAUAUAGUUACAAAGAGAACAAAAAAGGAAAAGGUUGGUCCAAAGACAAUGUAGCUUCGGAUAGAGUUGAGAAAAUUAAUCGGAAAUAUCCUUUGCCAAUUCCAUCUCAUGCACCUUCUUCGUCUCAAGGACAUGGUUCUCAGUUACCCGCCAUGAAAUCCGAUGGUCAAACAUCUACGUUCAAUAUUUGGUCGACAUAUAAUGUAUCAACAGACAUGGCCGGUACAAUAACAACAGCAACAACAACGACAACGACAAGCGCUGCAACUACGUCAAGUCCCUCAACGUCCGUAGAUAUCCAUAGUCCAAAUCAGCCAAUCAAUCGUCAACUAACACCAAUUAAUGAGCACCGCAAUGCAACGAACCAUACUAUACCAAAUUUCGGUUCAAGACAUUCAAUAUCAAAUCCCUUAAAUAUGGCAAAAACGAACUUGUCGUUUAGCAUGAAUAGCCAAAAAUCGCACGAGGAUGAGCAAGCAAAUUAUGGGUCAUACCGUUCUCCUACAGAAUCGAGACAUAAAAAGCACCCGAAAAAGAGCAGUAGCCAGUCGAAUCAAGCAAACACGACAGUACUUUCAUCGGAACAUGAUCAAAUGUCGCCAGGAGUCGAAACAACCAACAGUACAAGAUUGUCAGAUAGCAGUCGUGAAAGACGCCCAUCACUUGGUGAGGCGAGUAAGAGACAAAGUAGAUCACGAGAGAAAGACAAAAUACAAGAACCUUCUUUUCUUCCUGAUGUUGUUGGAACUGAAGGCAAAGCACACCAGAAGACAAAAGGUCAAAAGAAAAUGUCUCUUGCUAUGCCACAUAUAACAAAUCUUACACCAUUUCAAGGCUCGUCAAUGCCUAAUCAGGGAACGUUAAAUGGAGAGGACCCUAAUUUACCGUCUGUAUAGCUCAAACACAAGAAUAACUGGGUCAUUGUCGUCCAAAGCGUUUGUAUAUAGCAAUUCUAUUCAUCGAUCCACGAGACCUGUUUCGCUGAUUCCGACCUGCAAUUUUUGCCCUGUUCAGACGAACAUAAACAACCUCGCCAAACAUUUUUUAAUAGUUGAAAAAAUGGCUAGUGACAAUUAAUUUUUAAUGUGUACAUAUUUCGAUGGUAAUUUUAAUGUGAAGUUAGUUGUGAUAUUUGUAGAAUUAGAAAUAUGAAUAGACCAUAUGGUUUAUCGUGAUGUAUCGCUUACAUGCAUGAAUGCAAUUGGCAAGAUAGGCCUGGUUUAGGCACCGCGUGCUUGUUAUGAGCCGAACCUAGGCUAUAAAGCCCAGUUCACACUUAAUUCAAUUAAUGUCACGAUGCUCGUGCAAUGGUCUCAUUCCA